AUGACUGACGAUAACCACACCUACAGCGCCAAGUGUCGCCUGGCCCCUGUUUCUCGCGUUCAACGCGAAGAUGAGGUCCCCCCGGUCGAGGCUCAGUUCUUCUACUCGUCAGUGAUCCCCAUUGAUGAUCCUCUUUCAACUUCCUCAAUUGUUGGUGCCGAUUCAAAGACAAGCAAAGGACAAGUGCGCCCCUUUUCUCGAGGUGAUAAUAAUGCGCUGGAAAAGGCUUGGCUGAGUCUCAUGUCUGAGCCUUCACGUCGCGCUCAUCAAGAUGCACUGAGGAAUCUGGAUCGCACUCCUCAGUUUGAUCCAGAGGUGCUCGCAUCGCUCAUCCAGCUCAUAACUACAAAUCACUGGGAGAGGCACCGGAAAGGCUAUAAGCCACAAGAUGUGACAGCACCAGUCAGUGAUGUACUGCCCACAAUGCCUGUGCCCACCUGUUGCUCUGAACUGGUCCUUGACGUUUCCCAAGAACUUGAGAGAGCUUUCUGUGCCCUGGUCAGGCGGCGAAAUCCAGCCCUGAAUGUGGACCAAGUCACGCAACAGGUCGUGUCUGCACUUGAUCGGUUGAAAAAACAAGCCAACGAUGAAAUUGAGGCUCAGCCGGUAUCAAACAGCUCACCCUCGAGCCAUCCAGGAACCGCUUCCGCUAGUACUACUGACCACCCAGUUACCCACAUUCCCAAGACCACAACAACGGAGCCUCGUAGGUCUAGGCGUCGAUCAACUAUAGGAGAAAUGAGAGCGAGAACCAAUAGCUUAUCUACCUCACAGCCACCACGAGUACAAACACCCGUUGGCAGUCCCGGCCUUACACGACCACCAGUUGUCGAUGAUGGGAUUUCAGGCAGACCAUUCGUACGCGUUGGAAGUCCGGAGACGCAAUCAGAACCCGGAUCUCUCUCGCUGACUGGACUCGGAGGUCCAGGCCGGCAUACUUCUCGAAACCCAGAUCGUACUCAAGGCGUUCCUGAAGGUGAAGAGACUGUGACCAUUGCGAAACAAGGGACUCAGGCAGUACCCGAGGAGAGCCAGACCAAGGUAGCCGAGGUUGCGGUCGGAAUAUCAAGACUUCAUAUGGUCUCGUUGCCUGUGCUUCAGAUGAAGCCGAUAUACUGGUCCCCAAUCAACGACGUUGCAAUUGUUUCUAGGGCGACUUGGUUCUAUAGGUUAGAUACUAUGCUCCCAAUACCGCCGGCUGUUGCUAACCAGUUAGAGGCCGGCUAUCACUAUUUGCGACCGUGGACUGAGACAUGGAGUGAUGAGCUCCGAUGUGCUAUCGACGUUGGACCACUGGGUGAAGAAAAGAUUUCGCAUAGACUAUGGCCCGAGGAUUCAGAGAUAGGUUCCGGAGACGACUUCCCUGAGCCAGUUAUACCAUCAGAUCCAUUUUGUGCUGCUCGCUGCUUUCGGGGCGAAGCUGCUGCUGAAGGUAACAUUGAUACGACCCCCAUGAAGAAGGCCACAGCGGAAGACGCAAGCAUGCUGACCCGACCGUAUUCGAAUUAUCAUGUCCUGUAUAAGAAUGCCACUGAGGCUUUUCUACUAAAACCGAGCCUGAAACCAUCAGCAUACUAUGGCCGACGACCGACGAUGAAGAUCAUGAAAGGCGUCACUGUAGGGAUUCCUGUCGCUCGAGGAUUCGACCGAGCAGCAUGGGAGCACCUACACCACAAGAAACAGGCACCAAACAAAGCAGGUGCUUCUGCUGCCGAUGAGUCGCACGAAAACCGUGGACAAGAUGUAUGCGCUGCCUGCAAAGCUGAUAAGGCGAAGCGUCAAGUGACUGAUCUGGUUCUUGUCGCUCACGGCAUUGGCCAGAAGUUUGCGGAGAGGGUUGAGAGUUUCCAUUUCACUCAUGCCAUCAAUGGAUUUCGCCGAGCUGUGAAUAUGGAGCUCCAGAGCCCUCUGGUCAAGCAGGUUCUGCGCGAUGAUCAGAAUGGACUGAUGAUCUUGCCCCUGAAUUGGCGAAUGGGCCUGUCUUUUGAGGAUGGAGGACCAAUGAGGGAGGAAGAUAAGGAGGAAUACACGCCGGAGGGGUUUGGACUCAAAGACAUCGAACCUGAUACGAUUCCGGCCGUCCGCAGCAUGAUAUCAGACAUCAUGUUCGACAUCCCCUUUUACAUGUCACAUCACAAAGGGAAAAUGAUCCAGGCUCUUGUAUCAGAAGCAAACCGUGUCUAUCGGCUCUGGUGCCGCAAUAACCCAGGUUUUGCUGACAAUGGACGCGUCCACAUGAUCGGACAUUCCCUUGGGAGUGCAAUGGCUCUUGAGAUUCUCUCAAAUCAACCAACCACAGUGCCAAGACUGGACUGGUCUCGAAAGGAACCCGAGGCACGUUUCUUCGAGUUUGAUACCAAGAAUCUUUUCCUGGCGGGCAGCCCUGCGGGAUUCUUUCUUCUUCUGGAGCGUGGUGUCCUGAUGCCUCGUCAUGGUCGAAUGAAGCCUGGAGCUGAUUCAAACGACAUUGUAUCGAAAGACGUCGUAGCAGAGGCCGGGACUUUUGGCUGCUUGGCUGUGGACAAUAUAUACAACAUCCUUGCCAAGGAAGAUCCCAUUGCGUACCUUCUCAAUGGCGCCGUGGACCCUGUCUACGCGGCGAGUCUCAAAAAGGCUUACGUACCUAGCAUUUCGGGUUCUCUGUGGAAGUCUGUCGGCGCCGCAAUGCGAGGAGUAGUACCAGGCAUGGCACCAGCACCCAACCCUCUAGUCCCGGAGCCGGAGCGACCUUCAACGAUCCGAUUGCCCUCUCAAUUAGAGCUCGAGGUGCACGACUUUACCCGGGAAGAGAUUGCAGAGAGAAAGGCAUUUCUGCUUAACGACAACGGGCAAAUCGACUGGUACCUCCGUUCUGGGGGAGGGCCUUUGGAGAUACAGUACCUCAACAUGCUCAGUGCGCACUCCAGCUAUUGGACUAAUCAUGAUUUUAUUCGAAUGCUUUGCAUCGAGAUUGGACGAAAGCCGGGUCGGGCAAAUUCCAUUGCCGCCUUCCGAGCAACAAAGGCUGCAAAGAGACUUUUGGUAGAUUAG